AUGUUGCCACAUAAACAGUCGUCUGCAGACGGAGAAACAGAAGAUGACGAACCCUCGUUCUCCACCAUUUCCCGCCAAAACACCAGCAGCACUCUACCCAGUCUGACGGGGACUGCGCGCCUGAGGAAACUCACAAAGAAUGUAAUUAAGUCUCGAAUAGAUUCCUCCACCAUUAGUGAGAAGGAAGUCAUACCGGAAGUGCCUCUCGACAAACGAUACGAGCCCACCUACCGGAUGGAACCAGGUCCAAACAGACGAUUUAGUCCGGCACGCAGCAAGGUCCUUAUCAAGGCAGUGUUGUCCACUCUCCUGGAAAACUACGAAUACGGUUUCAAUUCUUCCCCCACCCCGGCAGAAAUGGCGAUGAAGCUGCCUGAUCUGAUUAUAAAACAAGUGAAGACGUUGGAUUUGGAGCGUUACAAGCUGGUCUGUUUGGUGUCAAUGGGCAGUAUUGGUGACAGUAGUGUUAGUAUAUGUAGUAGAUGUUUGUGGGAUACGAACCUUGAUACGUCUGUGACGUACACACAUACGGACAAAAACUAUUACUGCACGGUCACGCUAUAUGGCCUGUAUUAUGAAUGAAAAUGCAUCUCUCUUGUUCUGUUUUGUUUUUUGGUCAAUUUGAUCUUGAUUGUUAUUAAAUGCUACUUAAUGCAUGAAGUAAAAAAAAAAGAUAAAUACAACUUAUGUCAUCCUGGUUAUGAUAUUUUACAAAACUAUAUAAUACUCUUGACAUAUAAAAUUUUUAUUUCAAUCGCUGAAAAAAAAAUGAAUUUUGUGAUACUACCGACAGAAAUUCAGCUUAACAUUGGUCAUGUCAUUUAAAAAAAACUGAUAAAUUUGGGUAUUCUCAUAUUUCUU